AUGUAUCACAGUCAUAUGAUGUUUUACUCCCUGACAUUUUUUGGUGGAUAUCCAUUCUGGGGCGGCCUCUGUUUCAUUGCAGCUGGUGCUCUCUCUGUAUCAGCAGUCAAGCAGCGUAAUAUUUGUCUGAUACGAGGCAGCCUAGCAAUGAAUAUCGUGAGUUGUCUUUUUAUCUUCCCUGGAGUGAUUUUAGUGCUAAUAGACAUGAGCCUGAAUGGGUCAUACAAUCAAGACUACGGGGUAUUGCUUGCUGGGAAAGGAAUUUUGGGCAUGUUGGCUAUAUUCGGUGUUGUGGAGUUUAUCAUAAAUUGCAUCACAGCCCAUCUUGCCAACCAAGUAGUCUGCGCCAAUCAGCCAGGCCCACCAGCCCGAUCACGUGGUGCGGAGCCGGUCACGUGGUCCGCCUGCGCAGGCGCACGAGGGCCACACCCUGCCAUUGGAGGCCCGGGCAGCCUGAGCUUCCUGCCCGAGGGCUGGCUGCACACGGGGCUCCCUGCAGCCUCGGUGAUGACUGCUAGGCCCGGCCUGGAGACCUGA